AUGAAUAGUGAGUGGCUGGAAACGGCAUCACACAACCGAAUACACAAGUCAUGCAUGGUUCAAGGUUCCAGUUUCAUCGCAAUUCAAGGAGAUACCAUUAUUGAUCGGAAUUGCACGGUCAUAGUGGAGGAUGCAGAGGAUGAAGAUGCAAAAACGACCAAUGGGAAGACAGGUGGGAGAAUUAGGCGGCAACCAGAACUUAAAGUCGGUAAGCAGUGUUUUUUCAAGGAAGGCUGUUCGGUCAACUUAUCCCUCAAUUCACCUGAAAUGGUUAUUGGUUCGUGGUGCAUUAUUGGGAAUAACUCAGUAUUGAGGGAUUGUGCAGCCAUCGGCAGUCGGGUGAUCAUUGGUAAGGACUGCCGAAUUGAUGCUGACUGUACAAUUUGUGAUUGCUGUAUAAUAGAGGAUGGUGCACAUCUUCCCUCUCAGUUUGUGGUGCCCUCAUUGACAAAAGUGAGUAAGAACUUGGAGUUCACGAGUCUCGACCCAUGUUACAGAAGAUUGAAUGAAGAAACGGUUAAGAAUGAGCUUCUAUUGGGAAAGAUGGCGUGGUAG